CGCCUCCCGCGCCUCCCGCGCGCAACAGUUCCCCCAAAGUUGCGGCCGGGGAGGCGCGCGGCCGGCGGGGGACGCGAUCUUGGCCCGGCACGCGUAACCUCGGGCGGGCGGCGGGAUGGGCACUCGGCAGACCAAGGGCAGCCUGGCGGAGAGAGCCAGCCCGGGCGCGGCGCCCGGCCCCCGCCGCGAACGACCCGACUUCUGGGCGUCGCUGCUACUGCGCGCCGGGGACAAGGCGGGGCGCGCGAGCGCUGGGCUGCCCCCCUACCACCGGCGCGUCAGCAUGGUCCAGGAGCUGCUGCGGAUGGUGCGCCAGGGCCGGCGGGAGGAGGCGGGGACGCUGCUGCAGCACCUGCGCCAGGACCUGGGCAUGGAGUCAACCUCCCUGGAUGAUGUGCUAUACCGCUAUGCCAGCUUCCGGAACCUGGUGGACCCCAUCACACAUGACCUCAUCAUCAGCCUGGCACGAUAUAUCCACUGCCCCAAGCCGGAAGGUGAUGCGUUGGGUGCCAUGGAGAAGCUGUGCCGGCAGCUGACCUACCACCUUAGCCCUCACUCACAGUGGAGGAGGCAUCGAGGGCUGGUGAAGAGGAAGCCACAGGCCUGUCUCAAGGCCCUCCUAGCUGGGAAUCCUCCAGACAACAUGGUGGAUCUGUCAGGCAUCCCACUGACCUCGCGUGACCUGGAGAGGGUGACGAGCUAUCUUCAGCGCUGUGGAGAGCAAGUGGACAGUGUGGAGCUGGGCUUCACCGGCCUCACAGAUGACAUGGUCCUGCAGCUUCUGCCAGCACUCAGUAAUCUGCCUCGCCUCACCACACUAGCCCUCAAUGGCAACCGAUUGACCAGGGCUCUGCUGAGGGACCUCACUGACACCCUGAAGGAUCCCAGCAAGUUCCCCAAUGUCACAUGGAUUGACCUGGGCAACAAUGUGGACAUCUUCUCUUUACCCCAGCCCUUCCUGCUCAGCCUGCGUAAGCGCUCUCCAAAACAGGGUCACCUACCAACCAUCCUGGAGCUGGGUGAGGGGCCAGGUACUGGGGAAGAGGCCAGGGAAGAUACAAGUCAGCAGGACCCUAGGGGAAGCCCUGUGACACCUACCAGAGACCAUGAGAGCAGGGAGACUGACUCAGACAUGACCUGAAGUAGGGAGAACUUGUCAGGAUGGCUAGGGCAGGUUAGCGGCCUCUCCCAUCAGAAUGUCUGAACCACCCCACCCACCAGGAUGACAUCAGAGUAAUCUUUUAUCCUAGUACCUGCCAGUAAGAAGCCACCUCUUGCUGUAAGGGUUUUGGGAUAUCUCCACUCAGCCAGUUCUCCCAAUUUUAUGCAGCUGGACCAAGCUCUCCCACCAUGAUAGUGAGCCCCCUUAAAGACCCUUGGAGCACCCUCCCAAUUCAAAGGGGCCUCUUGAAGAUGCUGUGUGGUUCAGAGGAAAAAGUAUGGAAAAUGCAGUUGAAGCUACAGAUGUCCCUUUUUGACUAGGGGGGAUUGAGGGAGGCAUCGUACUGUGAAGGGCAGUACCAUACCUAGUUCCUUUACCCCUCAACCAGCACAACUUUUCCUACCAGCUGGUUAUCAGCUCAGGAAUGGCUUUCCAAGUUUUCCUAUCAUAACAGAAGGUUCCCAAGACUAGUUCAGCCCUAAAUUGGGGUCUCCAUGGCCAUUUCCCAAUAAUGCUCCAAGGAAACCAGGAACUGGUAGACAAAAUCCAAGCUGAGGGAAGCAAAGCCUUACAAGCCAGGUAAGGCUUAUAGGAUCUGAGCAAGGUUGGGGCCUUCCUUACAUGGUACUGCCUAAAUGCAGCCAAGGGACAGGAAUUCAGUGUGGGUGCCUUACAUGCUUUGGAAUCUUGGCCCAAGUCUUAGACUGGCCAGAAGUUUACAGUGCUAAAGCUGGACCACUCAACACCUGACACUUUUACUCUUCAAAUACAUGUUUUUAAGGACCAA